GCUGAAGAAAAGCGGAGGUGGAUGUUGUCGCCUCGAGACGUGAACAGUGAUGAUGGAUUAUUGUCCAGAUGUUGACGGAUUAUUGUCCAGAUGUUGACGGAUUAUUGUCCAGAUGUUGAUGGAUUAUUGUCCAGAUGUUGAUGGAUUGACGUUCAUGGACAUGCUCUGAAUUUUCAAAUUAGCUAUGUGUGUGAUGGUGAGCCACAGCGUUAGUGAUGAAGUGAUGUGAAGAGACGACGCUACGCAGAGUGUGUGUGUGUGUGUGUGUGUGUGUGUGUAAGACGACCCUCCCUCACUUUCUCACAUACACACACACUCCUAACAUCACACACACUCCUGCUGUAGCUCCGUGUGUGUGUGUGGCGAUGAAGCUGAACGAGCGGAGCGUGGUGCAUUACGCCACCUGCGGCGUUCCUCCUGAUAAAUCGGGCUUCCUGAUGAAGAAGAGCGAGCGCAGCGGGGUGUUCCAGCGGCGCUGGUGUGUCCUGAAGGCUAACCUGCUCUUCCUGUUCGAGGAGCGUGGGAGGCGCGAGCCGCUGGGGCUGGUGGUGCUGGAGGGCUGCACGGUGGAGCUCUGCGAGAGCGAGCGCGUCGACUAUGCCUUUGCAGUGCGAUUCGGUCAGAGCCACACCCACACGCUGGCCGCCGACACGCAGGCCGAGAUGGAGGACUGGGCCAAGGCGUUAGCACGCGCUAGCUUCCAGUACCUGCGCCUGGUGGUGCGUGAACUCGAGAAGCAGCUGGAGGAGGCGCAGAAGAGGUCCGAGGACGGAGCGGCGGGAGGGGGUGGAGAUAUCGUGGCGCUCUGCCCCGAUCCUGCCCGCAGGGAGAACGGGAUUUCCUGGAACGAACCAGAAGAUCUCAGGAUUCCGGGAAGAGAGAACAGCGUCCCCGUCUCCUGGAACAAGCCCACGGUGGCUAACGGGGUGGCCUGGGAGGGCGAGUGCGGUGCCAGGGGCCGUCCUCCGCCUGUUCCCCCACGCAGGAAAAGCCCCUCCGAGAUGGGUGUGGCCUGCGGUGAGGUGGGUGUGUCUCCUGGGACCACCUGCUUCUCCAAACUGCACGACUGGUACGGAAAGGAAGUGGCUCAGAUCCGGAGAGAGUGGCUGCAGAGUCAGUAGCAGGAGUGUGUGUGUGUGUGUGUGUGUGUGUGACUUCAACACCAGCAUGUGUUCAGAGACAGAGCGUAUGCUCCAGCCUCUCCGUCUCUAAUCCUAUUUCUGCUCUAGUAUUCUUACACAAUUUGAGAACAGAGGAAUAUAAAGGUGGAGGAUGGACACGAGAAGAUGACCGUCUCAGCAGACGGAGCUGACCAUCCUGCCUCCUGGCCUCGUCAGACUCUCCACCAUGAGCUUUUUACUCACUGUGUUUAAUCUCCUGACAUUUAUAACCUCACACUUUACACAGACGGACAUGACUCUCGUGUUUAUAUGGUUAUUAAUCUUUUUUACCUUGAAGGUGGAGUUAUGGUGCAUCUUUACACAGGAAGCUGUGCCUUUAUUCCAGUGCCUUUCAUUUUAUCUGCCUUUUUUCCACAAAAAAGUGCAGGAGCUGAAGCUUCUCUUAAGGGGGAGGGGCUAUUGGCAAGGGGGUGGGGCUAGGAGGAUGGGGUCAGUUCACUGUAGUGAUACACAGGUUUAAGUUUUAAGUGUGUUGAUUUUUUUAAGCAACUACACACACACACACACACACACAUUUUUAUUAUUAUUAUUAUUAUUAUUAACCACUAUAAUAGUGGAUGAUGUUAGCUCUGCCCCAAGAACCUUUUUAACACAAACACUAAAACUCCAGCUGAAGAAACAGUGGUGCCAAAACUUACGCUUCUCUGUGUAGUGGAGAUACCAGUCUAGACCAGUUUAAUCAA